AUGUUUGGGAUCCAAGAGAGCAUCCAGAGAAGCGGCAGCAGCCUGAAGGAAGAGCCACUGGGAGGCAUGAACGCUGUCCGGAGCUGGAUGCAAGGGGGCGGCGUGCUGGACGCCAACACGGCCGCCCAAAGUGGAGUGGGUCUGGCACGGGCUCACUUUGAGAAGCAGCCGCCCUCCAACCUGCGCAAGUCCAACUUCUUCCACUUCGUCCUGGCUCUGUACGACCGGCAGGGUCAGCCGGUGGAGAUCGAGAGGACCAACUUCGUGGACUUCAUCGAGAAAGAGAAGGAGACUAGCGGAGAGAAGACCAAUAACGGGAUUCAUUACCGGCUGCAGCUUCUUUACAGUAACGGCAUCAGAACAGAGCAGGACUUUUAUGUUCGACUCAUAGACUCCAUGACUAAACAGGCAAUUGUUUAUGAAGGCCAAGACAAGAACCCAGAGAUGUGCAGAGUGCUGCUGACACAUGAGAUCAUGUGCAGUCGGUGCUGUGACAAGAAGAGCUGCGGGAACCGUAAUGAGACACCCUCAGACCCUGUUAUCAUCGACAGAUUCUUCCUCAAGUUUUUUCUCAAGUGCAACCAGAACUGUCUGAAAAAUGCAGGAAACCCACGAGACAUGAGGAGGUUCCAGGUGGUUGUAUCGACUACGGUGAGCGUGGAGGGACAUGUCCUGUCAGUCUCUGACAACAUGUUUGUCCACAACAACUCCAAACAUGGCCGACGGGCCCGCAGGCUCGACCCUGUGGAAGGAACGCCGUCUUACCUAGACCAUGGAGCAGCUCCCUGCAUUAAAGCCAUCAGUCCCAGUGAGGGGUGGACUACGGGGGGCGCUACAGUCAUCAUCAUAGGGGACAACUUCUUCGAUGGUCUCCAAGUCAUCUUCGGCACCAUGCUGGUGUGGAGCGAGCUGAUCACGCCGCAUGCCAUCCGGGUACAGACGCCUCCCAGACACAUUCCCGGGGUCGUCGAGGUCACUCUGUCUUACAAGUCCAAACAGUUCUGCAAAGGCACACCUGGAAGGUUCAUAUACACAGCACUGAAUGAGCCCACCAUUGACUAUGGUUUCCAGAGGCUUCAGAAGGUCAUCCCUCGGCACCCUGGGGAUCCUGAGAGGCUGCCAAAGGAGGUUAUUUUGAAGAGAGCAGCUGACCUGGUAGAAGCCCUCUAUGGUUUGCCCCAUAACAACCAGGAGAUCAUCCUGAAGCGUGCUGCCGACAUAGCAGAAGCUCUCUACAGUGUUCCACGAGGACACACCCAGCUCUCUGGCACGACCCACAGCGGCAUGAUGGGGGUCAACUCCUUCACUGGACAGCUGUCCGUCAAUGUCUCCGAACCCACACAGGCCAAUCAGGGUUUUGUGCGCAGCAGCAGCAGUGUGUCACCUCAUGGUUACGUGCCCAGCUCCACGCCUCAGCAGACCAGUUACACCUCAGUUACCAGCACCAUGAACGGCUACACUAACAACACCAGCAUGACCAACCUUGGAGGAUCGCCUACUUUCCUCAAUGGCUCCGCAGCCAACUCGCCUUAUGCUAUUGUCCCAUCUAGUCCCACUAUGGCCUCCUCCACCUCUCUCCCUUCCAACUGCUCCUCCUCUUCUGGCGUCUUCUCCUUUUCUCCGGCCAACAUGGUGUCGGCCGCCGUUAAGCAGAAGUCCGCCUUCGCACCAGUGGUCAGGCCCUCCUCCUCCCCUCCGCCCUCCUGUACCAGCGCCAACGGCAACGGGCUCCAAGAUCAAACAUUUGUGGACUCUAGCAAGUACUCAACAGCCAGCUCUCUACAAGGACUGGCCUUCACCUGAACAAUCCCGGGAAUGAUCGUCCCACCCAUGUAAAGGUGUGAGUGCAUGACCGUGUGUGUGUGUGUGUGUGUGUGUGUGUGUGUGUGGUGUGUGUGUGUGUUUGACUGUGUGCGAGAUGAAUCAAGCACACUCGAGUCGAUCCUGGCAGAGGAUUUCGGUGCGAGUCAGACUCCAGUCGGGAAUGGAAGCAGCUGUCCUGAUCUGAAGGAACAAACCCAACUCAGGCCCUUUCUAACACAAAAACAACUGCAAGAAAACAGAUGAAAAACAAAAAGACUGUUUGCAAGGAAAUAUGUUGUUUAGACUUUGUACACCUUGAUGCUUUUAUAGGAGAACGGCCACGCCUACAUUAUGACUCUCCACAGACACAGGAAGUGUAUUUAUUUUGGAGAGAAUCCACUUUUUCCCUCAAGUGAUUGCUGAUUUGUUUUUCUUUUCGUGCAACAGUUAAAGUGUGAUCAUCUUCUAACUGUAUCUCCUGAGGGGUUUUCUAUUUAAGAAGUUUGGUCAUUAAUGAAGGAAUAUAAUGUGAAGAAUACCUGAUGAUGAUGAUGAUGAUGAUGAUGAUGAUGAUGAUGAUGAUGGUGAUGAUGAUGAUGAUGAUGAAGAGGCUGCACAUUUCGGGUCAAAUCCAGCUGACACAGACAAGCCAAACCAGACACACACACUUUCAUUUUUCCCUUGCCAAAUCCAUGUCACCGCCACUCCUCUGCAUUUAAUGGAUCUGAUGAAGGAUUCCGAUGCGUCCAGUCUGUGAAUGAUGCUGCAGUUUUAGCUAUCCAAGAAUUCCUGAUGUUUACUUUCAGCUCGCUUCCCGUACAUCUCCACUGCUGCUCCAGUGUGCUACAUUUUCUACAAAGAGAAAUUCAGUCUGUCAUGAAACAAAAGAAGAAGAAAAUUUGGUCCAACCAAAAGAAAUCCACCAUGCAGUACAUUCAGGAUGAGUUGACUGUAAAAGUCCAUGAAGAAGUGCAGCUCCUGCCCCACAGUGUGUGAUUACUGGGUGCCAACAGCAGCUUCACUGUUGAGAGUUAGACCCAAUAACUCUGUCCAUCUGCCCUGUCACCACAUGACCUGUCAGCUACAGCGACCUCUGUGAGAGGGGAAACAUGUCUUAAAGACUGCUGCCAUUUUGAUUUGUUUUUGUUGUGUGAGAGUUGGCUUCUCAAACUUUCGUCUUAAAAUAUAAACCCUUUUUCUUUUGGUAUGCUGUGUUGUUAAUAUUUUUACUGUGAUUAGCCGGCCAAUCAGAUUGUGUUUUUUUUUUUUUGUUACUCACCCACUUCUCUGGUGUGAUGGACAACUUGAGUGAAGAAAUGAUCCAAUGGUGUGUCUUAAAAUCUGCGCUGCAAAGAUUGUCAAAUCAUUCAAUCUUUACUGAAGUCUUAUUUAGUGAAAACAUCUGCUGCUGAGGUACUCUUUACUUUCAAAUCUGCCCUUUAGUUUUACAGUGUAACUGUAUUUAAAAUUACACUAUUUUAUUAUAUUUGAAUCCCAUUUUGCACUUGUUUUCUUAAGCAGUAAAGAUGAAGUAUGGAUUCCCAUGUCAUGUCAUGUAAAAAUAAAAAUAAAAUAAGACUUUUUUGCAGCGCAGAACAGUUAGCCUGACAUGUCUUAAAUACUCGCUGUGUAAGGAUGAGAAAAGUAGCUGAUUGUUGUGAAAGUCACUGCUCCCUCACUUAUAGCUCAGUGUGUGUGGUUCAAUAGUCUUAAUUAAUUUGUGAUGUUAUUUUGCCAAAGCCCUUAUUUGACAUUAAUGCCUAAACAGUCUUAUGCCACAGUUUUUAUGCCACUUGUCUUUUUUGUCACACACAGUCAGAAACUGUGUAACAAUGCCAUGCUAUGAACAACUGUCACACCUGAAGCAGGUCCACAAAUACAUUAAACUAUGUUUGUUUGUCAUUCAGCUCAAUGACAUUUGCCAUAAAAUAUUUGAAAGUGAAUUCAGAUUCUGACCUCCAUCAGCUGCUGACACUGUCUGAUAAACAGAAAUGAUUUGGAACAAAUUUUGCAUUGAAACUGAAUGAGUGAAAGCCACCUCUUCAGCCAGAAGAUUAAAGAUUAAACCAUUAGUGACAUAAUAAAAAAUUUAAAAAACUCAAAUCCUUCAGACAUGGUCCUCAUUUACUUUGUCUCUCAUGUUUAAAAAUUUUAAUGUUAUUAAGACAUUUCAUUUGUUUCUAUAUUAUAUCUGUUUAUUAAAAGCCAUAUGUCCACUGCUAAUUUCAAUCAAACUAAAACAAGCCAUGUAUUUAGCAGUAUUUAGCAGGCAGAUGACGAUUCCCAUUUUGUUACAAUGUUUUUUAUUGUUCAAUGAUUUUGCUGCAUUAUCUAGGUAUAGAGUUCUUUAUGAUUAUCUGUGUUCGUCUUCCAUGUGAUGGAUGUUGAGAUGGGACAGAGUUGUAAGUUUAAUGACAGCCUCUUUUUGCCCUUUCUCUCACUUUUCCUUCAUAAAAAAGAGCCACCUAUUUAUUUUAUCUCAAACAUGGGUCUGGAGACCACUCUUUUGUUUGUGUCUACAUGUGAGAGAGCCUGCAAGUGUGUGUGUGUGUGUGUGUGUGUGUGAGAGAGAGAGAGAUCAUUUUUUCUCUGAAAGAAAAAUGUGAUGUUUUAAAGCUAAGGGAUUUUUUUAUAGUACAUAUAUAAAUACCUGUACAGGAAGGCGUUAAUAUAGGGUUUGGUGAAGAGGAGUAUGAUCCGAAGCACUCGUCCAGCAACAAUUUACCAUGGCUUGUCUGCGUUCAGGGUUACAGUGAUGGUCAUCAUUCAUGCACACAUUAUCAGUAGUAUCAGUGUGGAGGGGAAAGAGUACAGAGGAAACUACUGUAAAGAUGAUUAUGUUGGUUAUGUUUUUUUUUUACUUUGAAGUGUAAAAUAACUUUUUGAC